UUUAGAACUGGAUAGUGAGAACCAUGCCGCCAAUGUGGAGAAUAUUAUGUUAGAAGGAGAAUCUCCUGUACACCAAGAGAAUCCCGAUUACUAACUUGUUACAACAAGGACUGGACAUGUUGUGCAACCUCCCUCAAGAUAUGGACAAAAAGGUGUUGAGUUCCGGAUCAAUGUUCCCGAAACUCAAAAGGUUGAGGGUGUUAAAAAGAGCUUAAAAUUUCGCGCAUAAUUAUCGUUUGUGAGAAGCACACUGCAAUUCAUCGCUACUUCAACAACGCGCUUAGAACGAGCGGCGAAAAAGGAUGUAUUCUAUGACAUGUAAAACAUGUAUUCUAAGACAGACAAAAUUUGAAAUUGUAAAUUUAAUGUUAUUUAAAAUAUAUUGUAGUGUUCGUCUACUCGUGGCCUAUUUAUUGAGUUUCGCUAUUUUUUUAAGGUUGAGUCAACAUCGGAGGUACAGUCACGCCGGGAAGAAAAGAAAACUUAAACCAAAAGUUAAAAAUAUGCCUCGGGAAGUAGUAAAGGAUGCAAUGGAGCAAAAUGAUUUUUCUGGUCUCGGCUGUUUUGACACUGCUAUUAAUGAAAUGAUUACUGCGUUACCAUCGUUCGAUAUUUACGAUGGAAACUAUGGCAAUGUGAAUGUUACAACAUCAAAUAAAGAAAACGAAAAUACAGAUAUGGAAAUGACGGAUGAAAAUUAUAGUCAUGACUGUCGAUGUGAAACAAAUGCAAAAGAACUUAGUGAAGAAAACAAUGAAAACAUAGAUGACGAAACGUGGAGAAAACAAACUUUAGGAGCUGGCUCUCAAAACAUUACACCACCAUCUAAUAAAAAGCCAUUGAAGGAUUUCUGUUUAAGUUGGAGGAACAGGAAAGAUUUGAAGAUACGUUAUACACGAAGAUACCUCUUGGAACGCCAAAGCGAUCCUCUUUCAAUGAUUUUCCCUAAAUGUUUGUUAAAGUUCCUGAACACUGGAGAAAUACCUCUCCGAGUACCAGAAUUUAUGACAGUUUCAUCAUCUAAUGGCACAAUUCCAAAAAUCACGAAUGAAUGCAGGAAUAUGGAUCACAUAUUAUUUUAUACAAGUUUGCCUUAUACUCGUAUGCGCCCUUUGUGUUCAAACAUCAGAAGGAAACCUUUCAAAUUAUGCUACUAAUCAUUUCACUAGUGGUUCAACUAGUUGAAAUCAAAAUUCAGUUUGCAUUUAUCUCGUGAGAAUAUAAAUGGUAUAAAAGUAUUUAGCUUAGGGAAAGUUCGAUUCGAAGGAUUUGAACGGAAGAUUGACAAGCAAAAGCAGCCGUAAAGAGGACAAAAGAAAACCAAGUGACUUGAAAUUAAGUUCUUUUUCCAUUCACUAACCAUAAGUUUAUGCAAACAUUUUCCAUCGAAAUUUAAUAUUCAGUUAUGGAUUUUUAACUUAAAUGAUACAUAAUGAUAAAUGUGUAAAAUAUGCAAACUUCAUUUCAAAAUAAUACCUGAAGAACACAGUGAAUUUGUCUGAAAGUGAAAUGUAUAAAUAAUAAGUGAAAAAGUACAGAAAAUUUUGUUGAAAGCGAAUUCAUUUUACGCAGUUUUAUUCUAAGCUCAGUUAUACAUGGAGACUUUUAUAAUGCUUAAAGUUAUUUGAAUUCUUUCCAGAAAAAGGACCUUUUUACGAAAACCCAUAUUCUGCUAGCAGGAAAAUAUCGUCAUAUAUUUCCUUAUGCUAAUAUAUUUCUCAUGCAGAC